AUUCAUAUAAAUAAACCCUCACUCCUUAAUUUCAUUUCUUACCUUCCCACACCUUCUACACUUGUGACCCUCUUUUCUUUAGGUCCUUCAUAACAAAUAAACACAAUGAACAAAUCAAUUUGUUCAUUACUUCUUAUAUCCUUUCUCACUAUCACUUUCUUAGUGGGUGAAACCCAUGGAACUAAACAAAGUAGAGCUCUUGACAAAUUACAAAAGUCCAAGUUCAAUGCAAAUUCAAAAAUUGACAAGAGUCACUUUAAGACACAAAAGAAUAAUAUUGUGGUUGAUGAAGUGGUUCAUUCUCAAGAUGGUAUGAAAGAGAAAGACAUGAUUGUGAAACUACCAGGACAACCAAAUGUGAAAUUCUCUCAAUAUGGAGGGUAUGUCACUGUGGACAAAUUAGUAGGACGUGCCUUUUACUAUUACUUUGUGGAAGCUCAUCAUUCUAAAGAAACAUUGCCUCUUCUUCUUUGGCUCAAUGGAGGUCCUGGAUGCUCAUCUCUUGCCUAUGGAGCAAUGGAAGAACUUGGACCCUUCCGUGUGAACAGUGAUGGGAAAACCCUUCACAAAAAUAACUAUUCAUGGAACUAUGCUGCAAAUGUUUUGUUCCUUGAGUCACCAGCUGGCGUAGGAUUUUCAUACUCAAACAAAACAUUUGAUUAUGACACUAAUGGAGAUAGAAGAACAGCUAGGGACAACUAUGUGUUUUUAUUGAAUUGGUUAGAGAGGUUUCCUGAGUAUAAAAAUAGAGACUUCUAUAUUGCUGGUGAAAGCUAUGCUGGUCAUUAUGUCCCUCAACUUGCACACAAUAUUCUCUACUAUAACAAAAAGGCUAAUAGGACAAUUGUUAACCUCAAAGGAAUAAUGAUUGGGAAUGCAGUGAUAAAUGAUGAAACAGAUAAUCAAGGAAUGUAUGAUUAUCUUGCUAGCCAUGCAAUCAUAUCAGACCAAACAGCACAUAAUAUCAACACAUUUUGUAAUUUCUCAUCAACUUCUAAUCAGAGUACUGAAUGCAAUGAAGCAGCAAGUGAAGUUUAUAGGAAUACAUUGUUCCUUGAUGUGUACAACAUUUAUGCUCCAAUUUGCACUAAUCACAACCUCACUACGCUAUCAAAGAAGAUCUCGGUUGCUCUUGAUCCCUGCAGCGAUGAUUAUGUACAAGCAUAUUUGAACAGGGAUGAUGUUCAAGAGGCCCUCCAUGCCAAUGUCACCAAGCUCAAAUAUGAUUGGGAGCCUUGCAGUAGUAUCAUUUCAAAAUGGGGGGAUAGUCCUUCAACAAUCAUUCCCCUUUUACAUGAGUUCCUCAAUAAUGGACUAAGGGUGUGGGUUUUUAGUGGUGAUAUAGAUGGAAGGGUGCCUGUUACUUCAACUAAAUAUUCCAUUAAAAAGAUGAAGCUUCCCAUUGAAACUACUUGGUAUCCUUGGUUCUUAAAUGGACAGGUUGGUGGCUAUGCUGAAGUAUACAAGGGAGGUCUAACUUUUGCCACAGUGAGAGAAGCAGGACAUCAAGUACCAAGCUACCAACCAGCAAGAGCCCUCUCUCUAAUCAAGCAUUUCUUAAAUGGCACUCCUCUUCCUAAUACUCAAACAUUAUUUGACUAAUUUAUUAUAAUUUAUUUUGUUACCAUGAUUAA